AUGGCGGACACCGCCUCCGCCACGACGGCAGCGCCCGCAACCGGCGCGCCCGCGGUGACAGCAGGCGGCGCAACAGCAGGGGCCCCAAAUGCGCCUGGCGACCAGAAUGCCGCGAGUCGCGGACUGCCAUACUACGAGAAACUGCGAAGGGAGCUCAGGGACACGUUAGCCCGUAAGCGGGCGAUGGACAGGAGCAUGGUGAGUGAAUGGACUUUCAGUGGCGCGUCAUUUUUUGUCGUUCUGGCGGCGAGCUUUGCAGCAGCUCAGCUCCCAAUGGGCGGCUCCAAAGGCCAACUCGAAGAUCAAAUCUAUCGGUUCGAGCAAACGUAUCUGGAGGAGACGACCGCCGGCAACAUUAUCAAGGGCUUCGACAACUAUAUCAAGGGAUCGGCCAAUGCCUCCAGCCUUGGCGCUUCAGGGCUAAGUCUUGGAUCGAAUGUCGGUGGACGCCGCAAAGCACAAGUCACAGAUUCAGAUCGGGUUUUCUCGAGGAGUUCAGCAAGCUACGCGCUGGACUCGCCUGGCCCUUCCUCCGUACAAACUACACCAUCGCAUGCGGCUACCCCUACGUCUACUGCUGGGGGCAAUGCACCUUCAACCAAAAGCAAUGGAGGCGAUGCGUCCGUGUCUGCUAAGAAUGCAUCAGUCUCUUCGAAAAACAAGAAGAAGUCUGGUGGUGGGUCGAAGAACACCAAGGGGAAGAACCAGACGGAUGAUCUGUCUGACGAUGGAGAUAAGCCGCCCGUUAAGCGGUUGAAGAUCAGCUAUGGGCGGGAUUAG